AUGUUCCUUCUUGUGUGCGCUGCACUAUUCUUGGGGACAAUAGCGAAGGUCGAGGUGAGUGUCCGGACACCAUGGAAAGAUGUUCCUGUAAUUUAUGAAGUCAUUUCAUAUGUACACAAAACGACCCCAACACACUUUAAAGACUUUUUCGACCAGAUCAUCGCCAGUCAAGUGUUUUCGCAGAGUGGUCAGACAGCAUAUGAUACAAUCAUUUCCAUUGCUUCAAAGUACGUUAACAAGAAUAUAUUGGAAAGGUCAUUGGCGCUUCACAGUGAAAUGCUCUUUGUUGUUUCGUCGGAUAACAUGAAUGUGACGCUUGAUGGACUUUUGGUCGGAGACAAACACUUUGCUGCAAAAUCGCCACUAGAGAGUAAACUGCUUUAUUUGAUUAAAAGCGAUGAGUCGUUACCGAACGCUGUGAUUGUUAUUCCAGAUUCCAAAAUCAAAAACACAGUUGAAGAGGCAUAUUCUAAAGUGUCAAAGAAGGAGGUUGGCUCUGUUGCUAUCUACUUGUCGCCUUCUAAAAUUCAUACGAUUGAUAGAAUGAAUACUUCAGAAGUGAUAAAAGAUGGUAUCGUCACACCACUCGACAACAUGAAUUUCACUGGAUUUACUGCGGAGAUGAUGCACAGGUCAUUCAAGAGAGAGUUCGGUAUUGUGCAAGACAAAGAAGACUAUAUCUAUCUAAAGGAGUGGGAUCAAGACAAGUUGAGGGCCGCGGUUGUCAAGUUAUUAAAAAGCAAUACGACACUUGUCGGAGAAAACUUGAGGAAGAUCAUCGCAAAUUUUCCACUUGAAAUUGUCGACUUAUUGAAAACAAAUGCAGAUGGUAUUGCGAAUGACUUUGCGGAGAUGCGGAUGAUGCAGGACCAAAGCCUUUCGAUCAACAACAUCGACUUUGAAUUGAGUACGAAGAGUGUGUAUGACUUACUUGAGCUUCUUCGCACUGAAGAUGCCGCAAUACGGGACCUGGCGCUUUUAAAACUUCCACAAGAAAUGUACACAAAGAGUGUUCAGUAUUACAACAACAAAGGUGUCAUGAGGUUCAAAAUACCAAGCGACAUCAUCACCUUUGUGAAUUCGUUUGAGAAUCGAAUCUACGAGAGAAACCCUAAAAACUUGGAGUCGUUCUUCCAGUAUAAUCCUUACAGAAUUUUCCGAUUCACUGCUAAGGAUUUGUACACGUUUGUAGCGACAUUAGACUUUUCUGGUGAUGAUGGUAUGGAAAAGGCGUUAAAACAGUUGAAUAUUGUGAACACUAUAAUGUUACGAUAUAUGAUACCGUUCCACUUUGGCGUCGUUCCCGUGUCAUUGCCCGAAACUCAAGGCGCGCAAUUACUCUUCACUGCAUUUUAUGAUGUAAAUAGAAAGUGGGGGACUGAUGGGUUGAUGAGAUUUGUUGAAAUACUCGGAGACCAAAACAUUAAGACUGCACAAGAUAUGGAGAAUGUGAUUAAAAACUUCUAUAGAGGAAGAGUUGCGACAUUUACUGAGAAGUUUGAGAACAUUUUGAAAGACGAGAAAGUGGAGAACAAAGUUUCUUAUAUGAAUAAAAACGGGUUUGACAGUAGUGCCUUCUUCAUCAACGGUAUGUUCAUCACACCGAAAAAUAUUUACAUGGAAAUGGGGAAAGUGUAUCAAAAGGAUUUACGACAACUCGAGAAUUUGAUCUCAUCGAAACAACUGGACGAGAAUAGAUCAAUUUAUUUACAACUGUUGUAUCACUUUGAUUGGAUCAAUACAUUUGACAAGAAGCUUCUUGUGUUGGAAGAGAGUAGUCUUGGUGACUCCACGGAAACCACUUUGACGCUGUCACAAGAAGAAUUGAAAAUGAUGAAACAUGUUAUCAGUGUAUGUAAAGCAAAGACUGAAACUGAUCAAAUAAAUUUGAUUAAGAAAUUGAGUGACUUAAAUUUGAACAAUGAAUAUUUGAUUCAAGCAAAUUUGGUUGAUGAAAAGGAUGAACAGAAAUUUAUUGAACUGUUUAAGAACAAACGAUAUGAAGAAGCUGCCCACUUGGUACACAGCAGUGCUUCAAAAGUGCGCAAUGAAAAUUGUGAUUUUGUGUACGAUGGAAUUAAGGUAGUGGGGAAAGAGCAUUUAAACGAACAAAUUAAGAUCAUCCAAAAGUUGUACAAUUCUCUUCAUGAUUACCUUCUUCGAGAAGUCGGCAUAAAGAAAUUGGAGCUAGCCACCACUUUGGUACUGAAAGAUUCUUUGAAGAACAAAAGAACAACUAAUAACAUGUAUUCGAUGGUUGUUACAUCUAAAAUGGCAAGAGAAAGAAAACUGUCUGUCACAUUAUUUAUCGACCCAAUUAUGAGAGAAGCACAAAAGGCUGCAGAGUAUUUGAGCAUCAUAGAAGACCUCUUCCCGAAUCAAGUCUCCAUUGAUAUUAACUUUAUUAAAACACCUGGUCGUGGAGGUGACUUCCCUUCUGAAUUUUACAUUUCAAAAACAUUGACAAAACCGAUCAUUCGCAACGGAGUUCGAGUCGACGAGAAUUUAGAAAUCAAGGGCUUGCCGUCAGGGAGAAACUACCAAUUAAAGAUCGAAACGCCGCAGUGCGUUGACACGAUUUUGGAAUUAGCAACAUGUGACAUCGACAAUAUAAAGUUUUUGAGGAACACAACAGAGCACGUGGAAUAUAAAAUAAGAGGCAUUGUAGCAGAGGGUUUCUUCUCCAAUUCGAUAUACGACGGAAAUGAAAAGAAGUACUUCUAUUUGACAGCCAAAGGAGAUUAUGGCAAUUCGGUACAAGGAGCUGUGAGUAAAGAAGGGUAUUUCCAACUUUUAACACCACCAGGGUCAUACUCUUUACACCUGGAAAACUCCGAUGUUUCAAAGUUUGUUAUCAAACAAAGUAAAUUCGACACAACGUCAUUCUUAUUUGCUCCACUGAGACUUGAAGUUUUCAAAGAACCACUUCUUCCAUCUGAAAGAGUCGCACAACCAACACAGAAUUCUGUCAACUCGAAAUUCUCGUCAUUUUCGUCAUUCUUCGGUGGGAAGAAUGACGAACAAAUUGAGAUUUUCACGAUUGCAGGUGGUGCAGACUAUGAGAGGACCGUCAAGAUUCUGAUGUACUCUGUGAAACAUAAAACAAGUCAUCCACUCAGGUUUUGGCUUGUUGAGGACUUCCUCUCUCCAAGUGGAAGAAAGACGUUGCCCGAAUACGCUGAGAAGAUUGGUGUUAAACUGAAUUACGUCCGUUUCCAUUGGCCAUAUUUCAUGUUCAAACAAGUGAGCAAAACGCGACUAAUUUGGGCGUACAAGAUGUUCUUUAAUGAUUUGAUGUUCCCACAAAAUAUCCACCGAAUAAUUUUCAUGGACUCAGAUCAAGUCACACGUGCAGACGCAUUCGAGUUGUGGAGUUAUGAUAUGAAGAAUUACGCGAUUGCAAUGACGCCGUUCUGUGUUGGAGAGUGGCUCAACAAAGAGACCGAGAGCUAUAGGUUCUGGUACCAAGAGAGUUGGAAGAAUGCAUUGAAUGGAAGACCUUAUCACAUCUCAGCACUUUUUAUUAUUGAUUUUGACAAUUUCAGGAGAGAUGAUGUUGGUACGGUCUACCGAGAGAUCUACAAUAACUUGACUCCAGACCCCAACAACCUUGCCAAUUUAGACCAAGAUUUACCAAACUACGUCCAAGGAAGAGUUCCCAUUCUUUCACUUCCCCAAGAGUGGCUCUGGUGUGAGUCGUGGUGCAAUAAGGGGGUGAAAAGUCGAGCGAAGACCAUUGAUUUGUGUAACAACCCCAUUCACCCAAUGAGUAAAAUCCAAAGUGCGCUGAUGAACAUUGAAGAGUGGAAAGACAUCGACGAGACAAUUUCUGGAAUGAUGAAAAACAGCGAGAAGAAGGAGCUUUAA